CCCUCCUCCACCCCGCAUUGUCCUCAGCCUCAAUUGUCUCCUCAAUCCAAGACCCCACGCAUCCACCAACACCUUUUCUGGCGCUAGAGUCCUAUAAUGAGCGAGCACCGACUGCCGUCCUCCUCGCGACCACCGUUAUGCUGAAGACAUGAACUCGGACAUUGGCCACUGGCAGCCCGGCCAGCGACAGUCUGAUGUGCAUUGGCUUCACCACCAUUACCCUCCCGAGCAGACGCAGCUCGCGCACAUCCCGAAGACACGCACCAGUCCUGUCGUCACCCGGACGAAAGUGGCCCGGUAUGGCUCCCAGUCGAGCACGCAGCGACCGUCGUCGAGCGGGGGAGAGCACAUCAUGCUGCCAUAUCGGUUUGCGCCCCCGCGAAGAGCAGAAUCCUACUCGCACCCUACUCCGCUGGAAGAGUUCCGCAGCUCCAGACGGUGGCCACCCCAGGGUUACCGCAAGGAUGACGCCCUCACCCCCAAGCAAGCCGAGGAGAUUAUAUGCCCUGGAGCGUCCACCUUCAAGGGAUAUUGGGACGAGAUCGAGCAUGCGCCGCCGGGCUAUGUGCGAUACUAUGCCGUCAUGGAGAGCGAACACCAGGGCAGGACAGAUCGGGCGUCCUUUCGGCAUACCGCUUACCGGGACAUUUCCUUGAACAUGACGGGCGCCACCGAUACCCAAUUCCCCUGGCUGUCGCUGGAGCAGCCCUGCAUGGCAUUUGCCUUUGGGAAAAGCGCAGGCACGACUACUCUCAACUACUGGGUCAGCAAGUCCGGGAGCACCCAUCCUCCGACCAAGUUUGCGGGCAGCGUGAAGCCGCGCAAGCUGAAGCUGCUGCAGAUUCUGGACCGACUACGGCAGUUGGAGAAUGGCCUUGAGGAUGACCCUGACGAGCAGUACCGGUACCUAUAUAGCACUCUCAUCGAGGAUCCAGAUCGCUACAGCGAGAAGCCGCACUUUGGGACCGAACAGCAGAUCGCCGACCUCAUCACCGUGCUUACCCAUCCCAGCUGGAUCGAUUUCUCGCAGCCCAAGAAUCAGGUGGUGGCAAAGUUCUUCGAUUCGCCGGACCAGCACAAGAAACAGGAGUUUUUCCAUCAACUGCUUCUCGCAGCGGAGCUCCAUCUGCGAAUCCACUCCAACAAUCGCAGUGACAAGGCGAAGCGGAAGCUCAUCCUACAACUGCCCCCGACUAUAGCGUGGGAUCUGGCCGUGGCCCAGCGCUGGCUGGAAAAUAUGACGAUUACGAAAUCACGAACGUCGCAUAGCCAGAGCACAUUCAGCUUUGAACUCACGAGCAAGAAUAGGCAGAAGGAGGCACUGAGGGUGUUUGCCGAGACGCUGAAAUGGCCGAAUAUGGACGAGUUGGAGUAUGUUUUGGACGAGAAGGAUCCGCAGGAGAGACCGCUGGAAGACCGCUCUGCAGACGCCAUGUCCUGGUUCUCGGGCAUUAUCCUCCCCGGAAAGACCCUGCCGUGGCUCAUCAUGAACAGCCUGAUUGACUGUGACCGCGACACGGGUGAGGCACUCAAGUAUCUGACGCAUAUGCAUCCUGCUGCGGGCUUUCAAUACCGGGCCAACACAUACUGGUCGGCAGACUGCAUUGUAGGCAAAGUUUUAGGAGCGGCGCGAGGGGUGAAGCAAGUGGCAGGAUGGAUCGGCCCGUGUAUCUACAGUCCGCAGUUGAAGCGCACCGAAAGUGUGCGAAUUCGGCAGCUCGAGCCCAAGGAUCCUCGACUGACGCCGAAAGAUGUCGAGAGUAUGGAUGUGCGAUCGCAUCCCCUAGGCCCAAGAGACACGAGUUACCCGAUUGACGACUACGAAGUCCCAAUGGCGGAUAGGGAAGAUGUGACGGACCUGAUUCGCGUGGAGAAGCUGGGGUUCCAGCCGGCGAAGGAACAGCCGCCAACGAGGCAGGGUGCAGGCGCACCCUUGACGUUUGAUGCGGCGAUAUACUUUGCCUGCAGAGGGAAGAGCUGGCCCAUGAGACUGAGGUACAACGUGGACUUUGUCAACGCCUUUCCCUGUCAUCAAGGUCCGCAUGUGCUCUUCUACGACUUCUCUUAUAAGGCCAUCAAGAUCGAUGGCGGCCUCGUGGACCUCAACGACUGGGAUCGCGAAUCGGGUCUCGUGUCCCGGCAUCGCUCGCGCGGGCGUUCGGCAUCCCCCUCGAAGCACUCGAGCGCCCUCGCCACGACCCGCUGGUCGGACGCGGCGGAAGAAGAGGAACUCGCGCACAUGCGCGUCACGAAGGUGCUGGCGAUCGAGGCGUUGGGGGUGAGCGACAACGAGGUGUUUGCGCGGGCGUGGUGCGCGCAUCACGGGCACAGCGCCAUUGUGGCGAAUAUCAAGGAGACGUGCAUGGCGUGCGCGAUUCGAGAGGCGUAUGCGGCGUGUAUCUCUGUGGUGAUUUUCACCGAGGGCGGCAAGGAGGAGGAGAAGGAUAGGGGGGUGUAUGAUGGGUUGGCGGAGAGGUGAGGGGGUUUUUGCUUUGGGUUGAUGCAAUUGGGCGGGCGGUGUGUCCCUUAUGAGGUAUACGGCGGGGAAUUUAUGGGGGAUUGCAUGCAGCACUCUGUUCUCUUGCUUAUGGGUGGGCUGGAGGCAGAGAUCGGCGUCUGGGGGUGUUUUCCAUCAUGGGGAUGGCAUGUCAUGUGUUAACGAUACCUUACGUAGCAUGAGUUAUGAAUGUAUGAAUCUGGA